AUGAUGAUUCUCACAACCUUUUUGGUCAUUCUUGUGACACUAAUGAUUAAAGUUUUUUAUGACACAAUUUCAUGUUAUUGGCUUAAUCCAAUAAGAAUCAAGAAGAUUAUGGAGAAGCAAGGAGUGUUUUGUCCUAAACCUAGAUUUCUAUCGGGAAAUCUUAAAGAAAUCUCAUCUUUUGUUUCCAAAGCAACUUCUCAAGACAUGAAAUCAAUCAACCAUGAUAUUGUUGGUCGUCUUUUGCCUCAUUUUGUUGCUUGGUCCAAGCAAUAUGGAAAAAAAUUCUUCUAUUGGAAUGGAAUAGAACCAAGAUUGUGUCUAACAGAAAUUGAAUUGAUCAAAGAAUUUCUUUCAAAAUAUAGUACAAUAUCUGGGAAAUCAUGGCAGCAACAACAAGGAUCUAAGAAUUUUAUAGGAAAAGGUUUGUUGAUGGCAAAUGGUGAUGAUUGGUAUCAUCAACGUCAUCUAAUUUCACCAGCAUUCAUGAGAGAAAAACUUAAGAGUUAUGCUAUACACAUGAUGGAAUGCACUAAAGAGAUGCUUGAAUCACUUCAAAAUGCCACAUUGGAGUGUGACAAAAUAGAGGUUGAAAUUGGAGAAUAUUUCACAAAACUCACUGCAGAUAUUAUUUCAAGAAUAGAAUUUGGGACAAAUUAUAAAAAGGGGAAACAAAUAUUUCAUCUUCUCACACAAUUACAAACUCUUUGUGCUCAAGCAACUAGAAAGCUUUGGUUUCCGGGAAGCAGGUUUUUUCCAAAUAGUUAUAAUAGAGAGAUCAAGUCAUUGAAGAUGGAAGUAGAAAGACUCUUGAUAGAGAUAAUACAAAGUAGAAAAGAUUGUGUGGAAAUGGGAAGAAGUAAUUCUCAUGGGAGUGACUUAUUGGGAAUGCUUUUAGAUGAUUCUAAAAAGAGUGGUAGCUUAAACCUACAACUAGUUAUGGAUGAAUGCAAAACAUUCUUCUUUGCUGGACAUGAAACAACUGCACUCUUACUCACAUGGACUGCUAUGUUGUUAGCUAGCAAUCCAAUUUGGCAAGAAAAAAUUAGAAAUGAAGUUAAAGAGAUUUUUAGUCAAGGAAUGCCUUCUAUUGAUCAACUCUCGAAACUCAAUGUGUUGCAUAUGGUAAUCAAUGAGUCAAUGAGACUCUAUCCUCCAGCAACCCUACUCCCUAGAAUGAUUUUUCAAGACAUUGUUUUAGGUGAUCUUUUUAUUCCUAAAGGCUUAUCAGUUUGGAUUCCAGUAUUGGCUAUUCAUCAUAGCGAAGAAUUAUGGGGAAAAGAUGUAAAUGAAUUCAAUCCACAAAGAUUUGCUUCAAAAUCAUUCAUACCUGGUCGUUUCUUACCUUUUGCUUCUGGCCCAAGAAACUGUGUUGGACAGUCAUUUGCUAUGAUGGAAGCUAAGAUUAUUUUGGCAAUGUUAGUUUCUAGGUUUAGCUUCACCAUUUCUGAGAAUUAUAAACAUGCACCGAUCACUGUUCUUACUAUUAAGCCUAAACAUGGUGUGCAAAUUUGUUUGAAGCCUUUAGAUCAUUAA